AUGCAUCUCAGUUUUCAUUGCAGCGACUACCGUUGCAACAUCAUCAUCAUCUUCUUCUUUAUUAGUACGCUUACAUCUGACUUAAUAGUAGCAGCCGCCGCCGCCGCCGCCGCCGCGUACGACCACAUUUCAAUCAAUUGCGGAUCACCUGCUCCCACUUCAGCAGCACUCGGUGGCAGGCACUGGCUAGGCGACGACGGUGACCAUGACAAGUCCAAUUUCUGGGUCAAAGGAUCCUCCUUCACCCUCAUCAACGCCGAGCUCCCGCUCGCCGUCGAUCCAGUUCCCUUCGCCAGCGCCCGCGCCUCCGGCUCCCAAUUUUCCUACUCCUUCCGCAUCCCCACUCCAGGUCACAAGCUUAUCCGCCUUCACUUCCACCCUUGCCUAAAUGGAAACUUUCACGGCGACGGCGACUUUUUCACCGUUGAAGCCGGCCCCUUCACCCUCCUCUCCAACUUCAGUCCCUCCGUCGCCGCUCGCGCCCUCGCUCUCUCUACUGUUUCCAAGGAGUUCUGUUUAAUCACCACGCUUGAAAACGAGCCCUUCCACAUACUUUUCUCCCCGUCCUUGCAGCAAAACCAGAAGAGCACCUAUGCUUUUAUCAACGGCCUCGAGCUCAUCUCGUUACCUCCGGCUCUUUCCUACUGCCACAAUGGCGGUGUGCGAGUGCUUGGCCAGAAUUCAGUGGUCCAGAUUGAUAAUACCACUGCGCUUGAGACCAUUCACCGCCUCAAUGUCAGAUGGGAUUCUGUUCCUUCCGGUGGGUUCGGGAAGUGGGCUACCGUUGUCAACGAAAAAGCGGACGACAAGUUCGAUAACAACAAUAAUAGUAUCACCUGGAAAGUAUCUGUGGAUGUAGGGUUCCGCUACUUGAUGAGGCUUCAUUUCUCGGAGCUGGGAACGAAAAUGGCUGCCAAGGCCAAUGAUUUCGUGCUUCUCAUCAAUGACGUGGUUGCGGCAACUGGCUCCGACAUGCUCCGAGAGGAUGAAGACACCAAUUGGUAUAAGAAUUACAUGGUGAUGAUGCAGGGCCACAAAAGAGAGGGCAAGCGUGAUAUCUUGAUUUCCUUGAGCUCUAAAGAUGAGUUGGUGGAGGGAUACAAUAUUCCACUCGAAGGGUUUGAAAUAUUCAAGCUAAGCAACCAUGACAACAGUCUUGCCAGUCCUAAUCCUUUGAUUCCGACUAUAGAUUCGACUACCAAUGUUAUAAUCUCAGUCCUGGGUCACAGAAAUGCACUUGCAACUCUUGUCAUCACUAUAAUUUGUAUGGUAAAUGUAAUUGUUCAUGUGCUGCAGAAGAAUUGGGGAUCCCAGUUAACGGAGGAGGAACUCAAUCCGCCAACCAAGAUCAAGCGACUGUGCCGUCACUUUUCUCUAGCUGACGUCCAAUCAGCCACCAUGAAUUUCAACGAUGUAUUUUCCAUUGGAAAAGGUGGAUUUGGUAAAGUCUACAAAGGCUUCAUAGAUAAUGGGCCGGAGGCCGUGGCCGUAAAACGAUUGAAAUCGGGCUCCAAGCAAGGAAAGCUAGAGUUUUGGACAGAGGUUGAAAUGCUUUCUGAGCUCCGGCAUGUUAAUCUGGUCUCCUUGAUCGGAUAUUGCAAUGAGCGGCAGGAAAUGAUUCUUGUUUACGAGUACAUGUCCCGUGGAACUCUGGCUGACCACCUUUACAAACUUUCUAGGAAAAACGUUGCCUGUCCUUCUCUCUCGUGGAAGCAACGGCUUAACAUCUGCAUUGGAGCAGCUCGAGGACUUGACUAUCUUCACACAGGUCAUGGGAUAAUACAUCGAGAUGUAAAGACGUCAAAUAUCCUACUUGACAAAGAUUUUGUGGCCAAGGUUUCAGAUUUUGGCUUAGCUAGAACUGAAACUGGAAGCGAGUUGCAAAGUGUAAAUCUCAAAGGCACAUUUGGUUACUUUGACCCAGAUUACAUUAAAACUCGUAAUCUGACAACAAAAAGUGACAUAUAUUCCUUUGGUGUGGUUUUGUUGGAAGUACUCUGUGGGAGACCAGCGGUGGAGCCAUCGGUUGAAGAGGAUGAGCGUAGUCUAACCAUGUGGGCUCGGGGUAAGAUAAGUAAUGGAGAACUUGAACAGAUUGUAGAUCCAAGUAUACGAGGGGAUAUCUCAGAAGAUAGCCUGAAAGCAUUUUUAAGGGUUGCGGAGAGAUGCUUACAUGAUGAACCGAAGAAAAGGCCGGCAAUGGUUAACGUUGUAAUAAGACUUGAGUUUGCUCUUAAGCAGCAGGAGAAUGCAGAAUCUUCGGUACCCAAUGAAAUAACUAGUGUUGCUGAUUUCUUUCCAUCUAAUGGUAAAGCUGAGCAAACGAACUUCAAUUCUCUUGAUCAAAACGAGAUAACAAAUGCGGUUGGCGUGACGUCCCAGGACGAGAACGCAAAUUCUUUUGUGCAGAACAAGAUGACAAAUGUUGACGGUGACAGGGCAUUUGCUGCUAAAACUAACCAGGGGAUAAUAGUAUCUUCAUUACCUGAUGAGAUAACUAGUGUUUCCAACACCUUGCCACGUAAGGAUAAAGUUAGCUUUUCGGUGGGCACAAAACAAGCAACAAUGGCUUCCUUUAAUGUGCAAAGUGUUACAUCUGUCCUGAAAAAUUCUUACAGUGGAAUGGUCAGAGGUGAAAAGGGAGAUGGAAAAAAGCGCGUGAUGCAUAAGUUAUCACGUCUUUUGCCUUGGAAUGCAUUUUCAGGCACCAGUAAAUCAAAGAAAAAAGGAAUGGUAUCUGUAUCAGCACCUUUAUCACAUAGGACCAUAAGCACGAGGUUAGGAAGCAGCACAACUUAUGAGAAGAGAAUUCAUGAAGGCAAUGAGUCGAGUCCCAGUUUAAGGAUUUUCACCUUUUCAGAACUGAAGGCUGCCACAAGGAAUUUCAGACAUGAUACAUCCCUUGGAGAGGGUGGGUUUGGGGUAGUCUACAAAGGCAGGAUCCAGGAGAAAUCAAACGGUAAUAAUGAGAGGGAACACAUUGUAGCUGUUAAGAAAUUGAGUCGUGAAAGCAUGCAGGGCUUCGAAGAGUGGAAGGCUGAGGUGAAUUUCCUUGGAAAACUUUCUCAUCCAAAUCUAGUUAAGCUUCUUGGCUAUUGUUGCGUUGAUAGAGAAAAGUUACUUGUAUAUGAAUUCAUGCAAAAUGGCAGCUUAGAUGACCUUCUUUUCACCAGUAAGGGAUCGUACUUCUGGACUAUUCUGCCUCUUCCAUGGGAUAUUAGGGUAAAUAUAUUAAUUGGAGCAGCUCGUGGUCUGGCAUUCUUGCAUCAUGCACAAGUUAUCUGCAGAGACUUGAAGCCCUCAAACAUACUGCUUGAUGAGUCGUACAAUGCUAAGCUCUCAGACUUUGGCCUAGCAAAAGAUGGUCCAACCCCCGAGUACUCGCAUGUGACGACAAGGGUAGUGGGGACAUUAGGUUAUGCAGCGCCCGAGUACAUCGCGACAGGGCAUUUAUAUGCAAAGAGUGACGUAUACAGUUUUGGUGUAAUCCUAGCAGUAAUGCUCACGGGAUUACAGGCGAUUGAUUAUUCACGUCCAUCUGGUCAAGGAUAUUUGGUUGAGUGGGUCAAGCCAAAAUUAAGGACAAAAUUAAGGAGUGUGAUGGAUUCACGUUUGGAAGGACGGUAUCCUUUAAGGUCUGCGCGUCAAAUAGCUCAACUUGCUUUAAGUUGUCUUCAACAUGAACCAAAAGGCAGGCCAUCAAUGGAAGAAAUUGUCGAGGUAUUGGAAAGAAUCGACUCUGCUGUUGGGAAAUCUACAAAAUUCUAA